UGGAACUGUAUCUUUCCUAAUUUUCUUGACAUUUCAGAUAUUAUUAAAUCCCGUCCAUUUUAUCCCAAAUAAAGUAAGGCUUUUUAAAAAAAAACUUUUAAAAAUGAAAUAAAAUAUUUUUUUAGUCAGGCAGGAGGCACUUCCGGUUGAAGGAGGAAGCGCUUCUCGGUCAGGUGACGCCUCAGCUGGGAUUGCCCAGCAGCAUGUCAGUCUUCCGCUCCGGCCUGCUGGUUCUGACAUCCCCAUUGUCGGCACUUUCCCUACGCCUGGUGCCCAUCCUGGCCUCGGCAUCCCGGCUGGUGCAAGAUACCCUCUAUGUCCACCUGCAGCCAGGGCUCAGCUUGACAGGUUCCACACAACCCCGCUCCACGUAUGUCCCAGCUACCUCGGAAGUAUACACUCUUAUCAGCAAGUUAUACGCCGAUGCCGAUGUCCACAGCCACCUUGAUGUCCGGGUGCUGCUCACCAACAUCCUUAAUCAGGGUGCCACCCCACCAGCACUUGGAUCUGUGCAGAAUCUCUCCCAGCCUCCAGAAGUGGUGCUCACUGACUUUGAAACUGGAGAUGGGGGUCAGUCCAACCCAGUCAAACAGCGCCUGGAGCGAUAUGCCACCAGCUGUUACAGUUGCCGACCCAAUCUCAUCUCUGUUUUGUUAUACCCGGAGUAUGAGCUAGAGGCUGUUGUUGAUGGGGAGGUGCCCCUGCAACCGGAGACCAGUGUGACUGAAGAGCCUCUUCAGAGCUACAGUGAUGUUGUCGUGGGGGGCACUUUUGACAGACUUCACAAUGGCCACAAGAUCCUUUUGAGCGUGAGCUGUUUGCUGGCUGAAAAGCGGCUCCUGGUGGGCGUCUCAGACAAAGAUCUCCUGGAAUCUAAGGUGCUGAAGGAACUGAUCCUACCCUACGAGCAGCGCAUGACUCAGCUGAGCGAGUUCCUGGUGGAUGUCAAGCCCUCUUUGCAGUAUGAAAUUGUCCCCCUGCUCGACCGCUUCGGCCCAUCCAUCACUGACCCUCACCUCAAAUGCAUUGUGGUCAGCGAGGAGACUCUCAAGGGGGGACUGGCCGUUAACAGGAAGAGAAUGGAAAAUGGGCUGGCUGAACUGUCUGUCCAUGAGAUCUUGCUGGCCAGAGAUGCCCAGCAUGGCAAAAACGAGGAAGAGAAGAUCAGCUCCUCUAGCCUGCGGCGGAGGCUGCUCGGAACCCUGCUGCGCCCCCCACGGAAAGAUUCAUCUCUUCCUCCCUUCCCCUAUAUCAUCGGCCUGACAGGGGGAUCUGGCAGUGGCAAAAGCUCCAUCGCUCAACAUUUGGCUCAACUUGGUGCUUUCCAUUUGGAUGUGGACGCUCUGGGACACAACAUCUAUGCCCCAGGAGGGCCUGUGUACCAUCAGGUGGUGGAAGCAUUUGGAGGAGAUAUCUUGAAGGAAGACGGAACUAUUGACCGAGCAGUUUUGGGGGCCAAAGUGUUUGGAGACCAGGGGCAGCUGAAGAGACUCACCGACAUCAUGUGGCCAGUGAUGGCUCAAAUGGCCAAAGAAAAGAUCAAGGAGGCAGCCGCACAGGGAGUGGCUGUGUGUGUGUUGGAUGCAGCCGUGUUGCUGAAGGCAGGCUGGGCAGACAUGGUGCAUGAAAUCUGGACCACCAUCGUCCCUGAGGAGGAGGCCAUCAGACGCAUCCUUGUCCGAGAUGGCAUAAGCGAGGAGGCUGCCCGGAGGCGCCUGCAGAGUCAAAUGCCCAGCAGCCAGCUCGUGAAGCACUCACAUGUGGUUUUGUGCACAAUGUGGGAACUGGAGGAUACAUAUGGGCAGGCAGAGAAGGCUUGGUCCCUGCUCCAGAAACGCCUCAAAGAGGAGUAGAACUUGAACAGAGAGAUGGGGGAUCACCUCUGCGCUCCACUUCCUCUGUGCUGCCAGGCUGGAAAAGCAUGCACUGGAUGAGUCUCGCCCUGACUCAAGGACCACAGAUGAGGGUGCAGAUGCGGGAAAGGGAGUUCAGGCCAGACUGCCUGAUUGGGGUUGGGGGAUAGAGCUGCAUUCCCCCUGCCUUUUUUCCUAUUGCAAAAGGCUGUGGGGAAAAGGAAGCAAAAACGGGAAACAGGACCACCUGUCGAGCAGGCAAGAGCUGUUGUUCGCUGUCUGAGCCAAGGUUGGUUGCAUGAGUUUGCUGGGGAACAGUGUUUUGGCAACUGUGCCACGUGCUGCUUGCAAAUGAGGAUGCCCAGAAAUUAUGAGAGGGUGGGGGCUGGCUGCAUUUCAGGGGUGGCUGCGCUGCCUUAGUCUGCCCCCCUACUCUGUGCUCUGUACAUGCUGUGUGCCCUGUGCAUAAGCUAUACAUAAAGACCUAAUCUCUUGA